UCCAUAUGUGAUCCUAUCUCAGCCGGUGGAGGGUCUUCAGGCCAUUGAGUUUAGGUGUAACCAUUUGGUAAUGGUGGCAUGAAAUUUCUACAGCCGAUGCGGUUGACCUGCUAAUCGAAGAUUGAAAUGAUAGUGCCAAGUACUUUUUAGAUGGUUGGUUCCUGUGGAGACUUUACGUGAUCCGUGACAUCAAUUGAUGCAUGUGCUGAAUUUGUUUCCGGUGCGAGUGAGCAAUCCAAAUGUGCUGUUAGCUAGUGCGUCACACAUUGGACGCUUCAACCAAUUUGAUUUGGACUAGACCUACAUAACGGGAUUGCUGGCUCGAGAUAAACCUCUCAAUAUUUAAGCCAUUUCGCUUGAUUUGGUUCCUGUGUGUAUCACACAUGAUUGCUGCCGGUCCCUAGACUGUAGUAGUCCAGGGAGGUCCAGCACGAUGCGGGGCUCAAGCUCAACUGCAUCUAUUAUUAAUUCGCGCCUCUGAUCACACCACCACCACAGCAUUCUUCACUGAUAGUGUGCGACGAACGAUGGCCCGACCACGAUGCGGGGCUGUAUGCAUCCUGCUCGCCGUCGUUUUCGCAGCGGCAGCGGCAGCGGCGGAGGAAACAGAGAGGCAGUCCUCAUACAUUGUGCACGUCGCGCACAAGCACGCGCCGCUGCUGCCAGGCCGCGGCGGACUGGUAGCCACCGGAGCGUACGGCUCGUUCCUGCGUGACCACAUCCCCGUGCACAUGUCCGUCCCGGCGCCGAGGGUGCUCUACUCCUACUCCCACGCGGCGACGGGCUUCGCGGCGCGCCUCACGGGACGCCAGGCCGCGCGCCUAGCGUCCCAGCGUUCCGUCCUCGCCGUCGUUCCCGACGCGACGCUUCAGCUGCACACCACGCUGACGCCGUCCUUCCUCGGCCUCUCGGCUUCGUCCGGCUUGCUCCCGGCGUCCAACGGCGCCACGGACGUCGUCAUUGGCGUCAUGGACUCCGGCGUGUACCCCAUCGACCGCGACUCGUUCGCGGCGGACCCGUCCCUGCCGCCGCUGCCGCACGGAAAGUUCCGAGGGAGCUGCGUCUCGGCUCCAUCGUUCAAUGCCUCCGCGUACUGCAACGGCAAGCUCGUCGGCGCCAAGGCUUUCUACGAGGGUUACGAGCUUCAACUUGGUCGCCUGAUCAACGAGACGGAGGAGUCGAGGUCACCGCUGGACACCAACGGCCAUGGCACGCACACCGCCUCCACGGCCGCCGGAUCCGCCGUCGCGGACGCGGCCUUGUACGGCUACGCCAAAGGGAAAGCCGUGGGCAUGGCCCCGGGCUCGCGCAUCGCGUCCUACAAGGUGUGCUGGAAAUACGGGUGCAUGACCUCUGACGUCCUUGCCGCGUUUGACGAGGCCAUCGCCGACGGGGUGGACGUCAUCUCCAUUUCGCUCGGCUCCACAGGCUCGGCAGAGUCGUUUGAUAUGGAUAGCAUCGCCGUUGGCGCCUUCAGCGCCGUCCGCAAGGGCAUCCUAGUCUCGGCCUCCGCGGGAAACUCCGGUCCCGGCGAGUCUACUGCCCGCAAUGUGGCGCCGUGGUUGCUCACAGUCGGCGCGUCAACCGUCAACCGCCGGUUCGCAGCGGACGUGGUUCUCGGCAACGGCGAUACAUUUCCAGGCUCUUCCUUGUACGCCGGCCCCCCGCUUGGCGCAACCAAGGUACCGCUGAUAUACGGCCGGACCGUCGGCUCAAAGACCUGUGAAGCCGGGAAGCUGAACGCCAGCCUGGUCGCCGGGAAGAUCGUUCUAUGCGACCCCGGCGUGAAUUUCAAGCAAGGGGACGCUGUGAAACUCGCUGGCGGCGUGGGAGCCAUCUUCACGAGCGCGAAAGAGAUGGGCGAGCAGGCGUUCGGCAGCCCCCAAAUCCUCCCCGCUACAGCCGUCACCUUCGCCGCCGCUAAGAAGAUUCAGAAAUACAUAAGCAAGAAUACAUCCCCCAUGGCGACGAUCGUGUUCCAGGGCACCGUCAUCGGUGGCCCGACACCUCCUUCCCCUAGAAUGGCGUCCUUCUCGAGCCGCGGGCCAAACGUCCUCGCGCCGGAGAUCCUCAAGCCGGACAUCACCGCCCCCGGCGUGGAAAUCCUCGCUGCUUGGACCGGCGCCAGCUCGCCUUCGGGCCUCGAGUGGGACACGAGGCGAGUGCAAUACAACAUCGUGUCAGGGACGUCCAUGUCAUGCCCGCACGUGAGCGGCAUCGCGGCGUUGCUCCGGCAGGCCAGGCCGGAGUGGAGCCCCGCCGCCAUUAAGUCUGCGCUGAUGACCACCGCGUACAACUUAGACAGCACCGGCGGUCUCAUCGGCGACACGUCCACCGGCAAGGCGUCCACGCCGUUCGGGCGCGGGGCGGGACACGUGGACCCCAACCGCGCCGUCGACCCAGGCCUGGUGUACGACGCCGGCGCUGAGGACUACAUCACCUUCUUGUGUGCGCUCGGCUACACCGAUGAUCAGGUAGCCAUCUUCACGAGGGAUGGACCGGCGACCAACUGCUCCGCACACGCGGGCUCCUCCGUCGGCGACCACAACUACCCGGCCUUCGCGGCGGUGUUCGGCUCGAUAAAACACAAGGUCAUCACACAGCGCCGUGUGGUGCGCAAUGUCGGCGGAAACACCAAGGCCACCUAUAAUGCCAUGGUCACCAGCCCCGCCGGCGUGCGCGUCACGCUGAAUCCGCGAAAGCUACGGUUCAGCGUGACCAAAGAGACGCAGGAGUACGAAAUCACCUUCACGCGAGCUGCCGGGAGCAUCAAGGAGGCCUACACUUUCGGGUCGAUCGUGUGGAGCGACGGCGAGCACACGGUGACGAGCCCCAUCACCAUAACUUGGCCGUCGACGAGCAAAAUAGCGGAGAUAUGAUGUGGGUUGGUUUUGCAGUUGCUUGCUGGGUGUGUCCCCUGACUGCCCUAAAGUUGCAGAGAUAUGAUGUACCAGACAUGAGAAUUACUAGAUAUGUGAGAUUUCAGAAUUCACACC